UGAUCGAUAUUUGAGAGGUCGCUCAAAAAUUGAGAUUGGCAGGUGUCAAGAACUUCCUGCUGUUCUUCGUGCACUCAACUCUCUCUCUCUCUCAGCCAUCCAUAGAUUUUUGUUUUGUUUGUUUUGAUUUCAAAAUACUUUUUUCUGACAUGACACACGCGCACUAAAGGAAAAUUUACAAAUGUUGCAAUGCGCAGGACAUCGUGUGAGAAAUGUAGGUCGCCAACGUGCAUGUAUGAUGGAUUUCUUUCGCACCGUACGUAGCUAAACCGUGCUCAUCGGAGGUGUGGGAGGGGGAAGGACGACACACUAAUACACAAACAGCAGUCCUAAAAAUUUAGUUUUAACUUAGAAUUAAAAGUGCAUAGCAGUGGCUUCCGAAUAUCGGAAAGAAACGCGUUCCAGACGGCCGCAUCAACAACAACACUAUCAGCAUCACCACCACCAUCAUGUAUGCGUUAUGUUGAACUUCUUUCACGCCGUACACAGCCAACCGUAUUAAUCGUAGGUUCGGGGGAGGUGGUAGACAACAAACUAAAACACAUAAAGCAGUUCUAGAGAAAUGAGUUUGUCAAUGUAGAUGUUGAUUUAAAAGUGCAAAUCCCCCAGUGGAUUCCUAAUAUCGGAAGUGAAGAGCGUUCCAGACGGCCGUGGAAGCAGCGCAUCAGAAAGCGCCGCGCCUUUGCGGCGCCCCGUCAGUUUGUCCCGCGGGAGCUGCGUUCGGAUCCCAACCGUCCCCGCUGCCACAUUGCAGUUUGAAGCCUCUCACGCGGGCACCCAAGUCCCGCCCACGUGACCCACGGCCGUUGGCGGUCAACCAAAGUCCCGUGCACUUGUUCAGCCCAUUGUCGCUUCUGACGUGGGCCCGGAGUCCCAGGACCCGGAAAGAGAGGAAGACCUCACAGAGAAUGGCUUGACGACGACAUCAGAAGAGACGGGAUACGAUGGCCGUGGCGAGGAGGUCGAGCCUCCUGUGUUUCUUCCUCAUCUUCUCUGGCAUUGGAAACCUCCUGUGGAUGCUGAGAAACUUCGCCAGCACCUCGACUGUCACCGUCAGAUCAGUACAGGAAUCGACCCCCCUGUCUAGGGACAGUGCAGUGCCCUACGAGCCUUGGGAUCUCGCCGCGCAGCUCAAUAAAAUCGAGGACAUGCUGGAAAUUAUUCUGGAAGAUGGCGGUGAGUCUGAGAAGACACCAGUGUGUAAAGGGAACGAGUGGGUUUAUAGCCCCGAGACUCAUCUCUUCAAGGAGUGGGGCAAGGACCUCUCGGCGCGGCAGAAGCGCAAGGCGUGCGCGCGCUUCCUCACCUACGGCUACAACGCCUACCUGAGCGACCGGCUGCCCCUCGACCGCGACGUGCCUGACAACCGCCCUCCCGGAUGCAGCACCAAAAAGUACCCGUCGGAGCUCCCGGCGCUCAGCGUGGUGCUGAUCUUCUACAACGAGGCCGUCUCCAUCCUGCUGCGCGCCGUCACCUCCGCCGUGCGCAACACGCCGCGCCACCUCCUCAAGGAGGUCAUCCUCGUCGACGACUGCAGCAACUUUGGAGACCUGCAAGAACAAUUCAGAGCGAGGAUUGCGGCACUGGAUCGCAAGUACCCAGAGGUCUCCAUCCGCAUCGUCCGGCAUGCAACGCAGCGUGGGCUCAGCACGUCGCGCGUCACCGGCAUCCGGGCCGCUUCGGGUCCCGUGGUGGCCGUCAUGGACGCGCACGUGGAGUUCCCCGUCGGAUGGGCCGAGCCCAUCCUGGCGCGGAUCCAAGAGGACAGGCGCGUCGUGGUCUCCACGGUGUUCGACAACACGCACUACGACACGCUCGAGGUCAACGGCUACCCGUCGCAGGCGCAGACGUUCACGUGGCAGCUGUGGUGCACCUACAUGGCGCCGCCCCUCGAGUGGUUGACCAACAAAGACAUCACGGCCCCCAUCAGGAGUCCAAUUGUGAUGGGCUGCAUGGCGGCCAGUAAGAGCUACCUGGAGGAGAUCGGCUUUCUGGAUGAAGGCAUGCAGGUGUACGGAGGGGAGAACGUGGAGCUGGGCCUCAGGGUGUGGCAGUGCGGGGGCAGCGUGGAGGUGCUGCCCUGCUCACGCUUGGCUCACAUCGAACGCCACUUCAAGCCGUACGCCCCAGACCUGAGUUCCCACAUGCGCAGGAACGCGCUGCGCGUGGCUGAGAUCUGGAUGGAUGAAUACAAGAGGAAUGUCUACAUGGCCUGGAAUGUGCCCAUGAACGAAUCCGGGAUCGACAUCGGCGACAUCUCGGAGCGCGUGGCUCUGCGCAAGCGGCUCAACUGCAAGAGCUUCGCGUGGUACCUGGAGAACGUGCUGCCCUCACUGCCACGGCACGAUGACAUCGUCCAGUACGGCGUGAUGACAAACAACAAAAAAGAUGGCAUGUGCAUGGACAAAGGAAACCCAAUCUCACGGCGUCCCAUUCUGUACCAGUGCCAUGGAUACACCCCCCAGCUGGCAAUGAGAACCUCAGACAACCGGAUUAUGAUCGGGCUGAACGUGGACUUGGUGAGCCCCGGAGCUGUGUGUCUGGGAGUGUCGACAUCGGGAGUCGAGCCUGCGUUUGUGGACUGUCAGCUGACUGGUCAGGAGGCCAGCAGCCUGCUUCACUUUGAGAACGGAGAACUGAGGUUCCAGAAAGGAGAAAAGUGCCUGGAGGUGAAGGAACCUGCUAAGACAAGCUACAGCCUGGAGCUCGUGCUGGUGCCCUGUUCUGGGCAGAAGUGGGAUUUGGCGUAUUUCCACAAAUCGUAGCCCCAAUACAGGGAACACAUUAUACAGGUAGGAACAACAGGUUCCACACUGCCCACCAGGGAUUAUUUGUCUGUCGUGCAUAACACGGCCCCGCCCCACCAGAGCCCUCCCAUUGGCUCGGGGGCGCCGAAUACAAUUAUUUAAUUAAUCGAGCUCGCGGGUUUUCGCCGACCAAUGGGAGCGGUG